CUUAAAUGACAUGCACCCUCACCAUCCGCAGCUCACCAAGGCGCAGGAGAUCUGCCGUUUCUAUCAGCGCAAGUUCCCGCGUGUCCCUCCCCUGUCAGUCGACGAGGCCGUCCGGCUGCAGUCGGCGGGAGAGAAGGUGCUUAUGGUCGACUGCCGCACCGCAGAGGAGAUGAGCUGCUCAAUGGUGGACGGGGCCAUCACUCUUGAACAGCUGGAGGAGGCCGACGAGGCAGAUCUGCAGGCGGCAACGAUGAUUGUGCCAUGUAUGUGAGCUGCCAGCACUCAGGCAUCGCACUGACUGACAGGCAAGGAGAAAGUGAGACGGCAGACAGACAGACAGACAGACAGACAGACCAAAGCAAACGUGCUUUGUCUGCCUUUGUCUGUUUCUGUGUGUGCGUGUCCUUGUCAGAUUGCAGUGUGGGCUACAGGUCAGGCAUCGUGGCAGAGCGACUCAGGAGGCAAGGCUACGAGGUAUCUACCUACGGCGAAUGAAGACCACACACAUACAAUGCAGCCCAGCCCCCUAUCAUGGAUGGAUUGCGAUGCACUGGUGUGCGUCGGUCGGUCAGAAUGUCCGCAAUGGUGACGGCAUCGUCUUGUGGGCCUGGCACGACUGGCAAAAACAGCACCAGCAGCAGAGCCAACCUGCCGACCCAGCCACGGAGCCCUCAGCGCCAUCGCCCCGCCUAGUAGUGCCCAGCCGCCAGCCGCCCGAGGUAGCGGAUUCGUCACCCUUGCUUCUUGAGAAGAGCGGGCAGCCGACACGGGUGCACGUCUUCGGCUCGAUGUGGAGUCAUCUGCCGCCAGGCUAUCAGGUGACUGACGGUGGGGUGGCACAUCCAUCCAUCCAUCCAUGUGUGUCCCUUCCCUGCGUUGGAAUGGCGUGCUUGUGUGGCGAUCAGGCUGUGACCUUCCCGCUGUGUCGGCAGCUGGCAGAGAUUGUGUGCAUUGUGGCCUCUCGUGUGGCGCAGAUCAUGAGAUGCGAACGGUGUGUGUGCGCGUGCACUUGUCUGCCUUCCGGCUGCCGGCCAUUUGGUCUGCUUCCAACAUAGGCGACCAAUGUCAUCCAUGUGUGUGUGCAUGGACUGGACGACAGACAGACAGUCCCUCCCUUCGACUCAAGAGAAGUGCCUCCACGCGCCGACAGAACCACAUGCAUGAGUCAGCGUUACACCCACAUUGCAGCACACACAACACGCACCAUUGUACUGGCCCAGGGCGAUUUGGCAUUGCAAAACUGAUGGCAAGCACUGCUGCAGGCAAGUAGAAUGUCGCCGACGCGUGCACGCGCAGGGUUCGUCGAUGUCAGACCCGACUCAGGGAGGUCUGCGCGCUCAGCUCACACGGAUCGUCUGAUGAGAUGAAGAAAAAGAUCAAGAAGCCCGGGAAGGCGUCAGCAUCUUGCCUACCUCCCAAGCAGCACGGACGUUCUCCACGGGACGGAUCUCCCGCUGCUGCAGAGGAGCAGCAACCAUCCCCUGUGCCGAGGAAGCCCACCGAGAAGUUCAUGAAAACCGACAAAGAAGUGGUUGAAGAGUGGCUUCCCUACACGAAGGUGAGUACGGCGAGGGAGGCACAGAGAGUGUGUUCUGCAUGCCACCGCAUUACUCCCGCCUCUCUGGUGCGGUGCUGCAUGUAGGUGGGAGAGGUGAUAGCCGUCCCCGGCCAGCGUCAUUGCUAUCUAGUGGCCGCCAAGUGCCCCCUCAGCGCGAAUUUCGACCGCUGCAUGGUCAGUGAGGACGACCAUUUCAGCCCUAAUGAGAUGCUGCAGAUAAUGGCUCGGCGAGGGCUGCCCGUCACAGCUGUCAUCGACCUCACCAACACCAAGCGAUACUACGACCCUGCUCUCUUCAAGAAGCAGGGCGUCGCUUACCACAAGCUGAGAGUGCUCGGCCGACAGGCGCCCGAAGCCGCACAUGUGGCCGAAUUCACCGGCCACAUCGAUGAGCACUUCGCCGCCCACCCGUCGCCUUCUCAGCAGCGGCCCAAAGUGGUCCUGACGCACUGCACACACGGGGUCAAUCGGACGGCCUUCUUCCUCAUUGCUUACCUCGUCAAGAGUGCCGGCAUGACCCUCGAGGCCGCGAAACAUCUUGUCGAGAUCAGGAGGGGGCACCCCAUCAGGCACAGCUAUCUGAUUGAGGGGCUCACCACGAUGCUGAGUGGGGGCGGCGAGAGGGGUGGCGAGAGCGGCAGCCAAGACAGCGGCGAGAAGAGGUGCAGGGAGGGUGGUGGUGGCGGUGGCGGCGGUGGUGGGGAGGGCCACACGGCCAAGAAACGGAAGACGGGAAGCGUGCCGACCUUCCCAUACGACACUGGUACGUGAGAGGACACACACACACAGACAGGCUGACAGGUGCAAACACUCCUCUGUGUGUGCUGUGGUGCAUUCACUUGCAGCGUACAAUGACCAUUUCGAGACCCCCCUUGCCGCGUAUCAGGACAUCGCGCCCGCCCUGCGGCACAUUGCGGAGGGGCUGCGCAAGACCAGCGGCGAGCUGCGGAUCUACGACCCCUUCUACUGCACGGGCAAGACCAAAGGUGAUCAACCAUAGAACACACACACACCUCUCUGCAGCACAUCCGUCGCAUCCACACGUGUGUGUGUGGGUGUGCGUGUGUGUGUUCAGUCCAUUUGCACAGCUUGGGGUUCAGGAGCGUCAUUCACGAGAAACGGGACUUCUACUCUGACGUCAAGAACCAGGUGAGUGACUGAGUGAGUGACACCAACACAGCGCAGCGCAGCACAGCACAGCGCAGCGCAGCUGGACGGACACAACGUGUUGUGUGUUGCGUGAAUGGCAUGCAGACCGUCCCCGAGUAUGACGUGAUGGUGACCAAUCCGCCCUUCAGCGACGAACACAAGGAGGACAUCCUCCGCUUCGCCCUCAGCUCGCCACAGCCAUGGUGGAUGGAUGGAUGGAUGGAUCAACACACAACAGAGUGGCAUGUCCGCGUGUGCGUCUGUCUGUCUGUCUGUUGUCUGUCGACCAGUUUCCUGCUGCUACCCAACUACGUGGCCACCAAGGGCUACUUCAGAGAACUUCGGCACCGCCUCGACCGGCUGCAGCGCGGCUUCUUCGCCGUCCCGCCCCUCAAGUACACCACACCACACCACACCACACCCAAACACACUCGUCCACCCAUGUGUGUGUGUGUGUGUGUGUGUGUGUGUGCAGGUACGAGUACUCCCACCCCGAGAACACCGGCCAUGCAUCAUCCCCAUUCUUCUCCAUCUGGUUCGUCGCCGCCGGCCACCAAGGCACUAACAACACCACCGAUGCCACGUCGCUGUACCAGCGGUGGGUGCGCCACCUGCGGCAGGGGGGCGGGCCGGUCGGCAUGGCCCUCGUGUGGACCGUCGAGGAGCUGCAGCGGCGCCAUGUGGUCAGGGACGGCAAUCGGCCGAACCCCAAGAAGAGAAGGAAAAUGAUGAAGGCCCGGUGUGUCGAGACGGAGGGGGUGCCGACAUCAGAACCACAGCAACGGCCCAGCGGCUGCAAGAAGACGGCGCGGCGGAAGGCCGGGGCGCACAGGGCAAGAGUGGCGCCAAGCGGAUAAGUAGAUGUGGUGUGCGCCUGGACACGUGGACGUGUCGGUUUCGGUUCCACCCUGGCCUCUUGUCGUCAAAGUUCCGUUCCACACUUGCACGUCACCGCGUGCGUGUCGGCCGACUCGUGCGCGUGUGUCGUGCGGGUGGGGUGAUGGUGUGUUGAAGGACCAGACCAUCUGUGGCGUUUAUCGCUGUGAGUGUAUGAUAUGCGAG